AUGCAAAUUUUUAUAAAUAUCCCGCAUGAUGACUCCUUAUGUAUUGAGUCAUUCAACGUUAGUAGCAUAAAAGAUGUGAAAGAGAAGAUAUCUGAAUUGAAAGGUAUCCCUUGUGAGGUGCAAAAGUUGUUCAAAAAUGGCCGCCAAUUGGAAGAUGAAGAACUUAUCGAAGUGGAUGAGACUGAAUUUGAGUACACCAUAGACUUAACGUUCGGAUUACUUGGUGGUGGCAAGAAAAAGAAAAAGAAAGUUUACAAGAAACCCAAAAAGGAGAAGCAUAAGAAGAAAAAGGUUAAAUUGGCAGUACUUAAGUUUUACAAAGUUGGGGAUGAUGGAAAAGUGUUCAGAUUGAAAAAGCAGUGUGACAAUUGUGCACCUGGCACAUUGAUGGCUGCUCAUUUUAAUAGAGACUACUGUGGAAGAUGCCACCUCACCAUUAUGAAAAAAUAG